AAAGAUACAUUUUAAACAAGGUACAAGAAGAUACAACCAUUACUCUGUUUAACCCACAGUUUGCUCUUGCCCAAGUGUUAGCGUUGGAACCGUGCUGCCCAGGCUAUGCAUCUGCAGCUCUGUACGUGUGCCUGAUGUAACAGGCUCCGCAACCGUCUCCCUUUUAAUGGGGACGAAUGCAAAGAGCAUUGUGACGGGUGAAUUAUUUGACACUCGGUUUUGCUCACCUUCAGCUUUUUGGAAGGAACUCGGGAUCAGACGAAGCUCCAUCUGUUCAUUCAGGGGAAGGGAAGGGAACAGCCAAGAUGGAGAGGAAAAUAAUUUUAUUCAAAGAUCGAGCCUGAUUUUUAAAAAUAAAAUGGACCGGUUUGGGGCGGGAGGGGGGUUCCUGCAGCUGCGUUGGCGCUCAGCUCCCAGAGGCGGGUGGGGAGUGUGACACCGGGGAGUGGCCCAGGCAGGGUAUUGGGGUUUUAAUCCUGUUUGGGUCAGAUCAGUCCCCAGUGCAACUGGCAUUGGGGACACUGGGGCCUGCCUGGGGGCCAGGCUGGGACAGCGGGUCCGGUCGUGUCUUUUGCGGCCCCGCGCUCGGAGGUGGACAGUCCAGGCUCUUUCCAUGCUGCUUUCACCCUUGUCUCCUCUCUUGUGUCCCUUGUGCCUCCUCUCUAGCGAUGCUCCACAAUCCCGCAGCAGCUGCGGCCGCCAUGGAGGAGCAGCUGCGGCAGCAGCAGCUACGGGUCCUCCUCAAUGCCUCCUCCAGGCCCUCGCCCAGCAGCAGCAGCAGCAUCUGGCCGUCCAACUCCUCUGCCUCGGAGCCGGUCACGGCGGCGGCUGCGGCGGGCGGCGGCGAGGCGGCGGGCGGAGGAGGCGGAGCGGUCAGCCCCUGGGACAUCGCCCUGUGCGCCACGGGCACGGCGGUGGCCUGCGAGAACGCGCUGGUGCUGGCCGUGCUCUUCUACACGCCCAGCCUGCGCGCCCCCAUGUUCCUGCUCAUCGGCAGCCUGGCGCUGGCCGACCUGCUGGCCGGCCUGGGGCUCGUCGUCAACUUCACCGUGCAGUACCUGCUGCAGCCGCCCAACGCGGCCGUGGCGCUCAGCGCCGCCGGGCUGCUGCUCACCGCCUUCUCCGCCUCGGUCUGCAGCCUGCUGGCCAUCACCAUCGACCGCUACCUGUCGCUGUACAACGCGCUCACCUACCACACGGAGCGCACGCUGAGCUUCACCUGCGCCAUGCUGCUGCUCAUGUGGCUGCUCUGCCUGGGCGUGGGGCUGCUGCCCCUGCUGGGCUGGAACUGCCUGCGGGACCAGGCCACCUGCAGCGUGCUGCGGCCGGUGACCAAGGACAACGCGGCGGUGCUGGCGGUCACGUUCCUGCUGCUCUUCGCCCUGAUGCUGCAGCUCUACCUGCAGAUCUGCCGGAUCGCCUUCCGGCACGCGCAGCAGAUCGCCGUGCAGCACCAGUUCAUCGCCACGGCGCAGGCCACCUCCACCCGCAAGGGGCUCUCCACCCUCUCCUUCAUCCUGGGCACCUUCGCCCUCUGCUGGAUCCCGUUCGCCAUCUACUCGCUGGUGGCGGAUUCCAGCUACCCCGCCGUCUACACCUACUCCCUGGCUCUGCCGGCCGCUUGUAACUCACUCAUCAACCCGGUCAUUUAUGCCUUCAGAAACCCGGACAUCCAGAAGUCCCUGUGGCUGGCCUGCUGCGGGUGCAUCCCCUCCACCUUCUCCUCCAGACCCAGGACAUCCAGUGACGUAUAAGGGUGGUUGGCCGCCCGGAUUGUCAAAUGGUUUCAUGCUCAUACUCCGCGUUGUUAUGAUGUAUUACCACCAGCAAGAGGAAUCCCAGACCCACGCGUCUCCUUUCCUGGAAAAGAUGUCAACAAGAAAAAAAACACAACCAACCACCAAGAGUGGUCUCCUUUAAAAAAUGCUUAUUUUCCUACACAUUUUAUUUAUUUUUAAUUUAAAAACAAAACAAAAGACCAAAAAAAUGAUCAGCGCCUGAUGCUUUUUCUCAUCUCGGUGUAAUUGAAAGGGAGAGCAGCACGGCAACUCUUUACUUAUUUCUGAAGCCUCCUAGCGAGGGGCAGGCAGUUGGGAAGGUCCCGGUUAGGAACGGGGAAAAACCUGGGGCCAGCGCUCCCUCAGCCCCACACAACUGAAGUCACUGGGGGUCACCCCAAGUCAAACUCCUAUCAAGUGCGGGGGAAAGUCAGGCCUGGGACGUGUUUAGAGCCGAGCACAGCUCUGAUGCUGAGGGCUCAGGGCAAGCUCGAGAAAAACGUGUACGAUAUUGCUUGCUGGUAGUCUGGGUUUGUUUGGAAUGGUUAAAAAAAUGACCAUAUCCAAGGGGGAUUCACUGCCUGAAAGGUGGGUUAGGGGUUUUUGGUGGUGGUGGUGGUGAUUUUUUUAAAACUAUAAUCAGGUUUUGCUCUGCUAUGCAAUAAUAAAAGGGACAUUGUGAGAUGUGGUAACCUGCCAAUAUUUUUCAUGGUAGACCGGUUCAGCAUCACGAGGUUUGGACAGCUCCGUGGGCAGUGGUAGGAGCACAAGUGGUCUGUCUUACGAUUUUAUGUUUAUUUUUGUAAAAAAGCACAUGGAAGUCAAAGAUUUACAUUGGCCCCUUUAAGCUGGGGAAAGGAAAUACGAUCCCGAGUCAGGAACAAAUGAAGGCCAUUCCCCUUCACUUGCUGUCCUAAACAAUUGUAUAGUGUUGCUAUGUGCUGUUCAGCUGCUGGAUUGCACCUCAGAGGAGGCUGCAUUUCAGUGGUGGGUGAAGUGAUGCCUGUAUAUUUAUAUCUCGUUUGUCUGUGAAGCACUUUGAGAACCUGCAAGAUGAAAGGCACUUUAAGGUAUGAUUAUUGUUUAUUAUUAUAAUGUGAGAGUAAAGAGAACUCUUUGCUGAAAGAUAUUUGUUUACGGUGCAUCAUCAAAUCUAAAGGUGGGAGGAAAGGACCUUUUAGUUUAUCUAGUUAAUCCCCCUGCCAGGUCAAUGAAAGCAGUCAAAGAAAGAGAUGAGGUUUUUUUGACAUCAAAACCUAGGUUAAUCUUUCACUUAUUCCAGUGCAGGUAUAACACAUUGUCUUUAGCAGUAUUGUUAAUAUAGUAUGCUGAUCUCUUAUACUGGGGGUGAGGUAGAGGUAUAUGAUCCAAAGACUGAUAUUCUGCACGUGGUUGGUUCUUCUAAAGGGAAGCCUACAUCAUCACACGUCUUGUUCCCGAAACUACUAGAUUAAUUUGCUUCAAUAGAGAAGCUACACUAGCCUCACACUCCUCUACUCUAUCACAUGCUUUGUGGUAUUAGUGAGAAAAUGAUGAAGUGUCCUUCAUCUUGUGCUUUAUUUGGGCCAAGAAGUGGACUAGUGCAUUCCUUUAAAAACAAAAUAGCCUUCAGAGAUAGACAGGGAGUCUGUUCUAUAGGGGAAAUGUCCAGGGUUGCCUCUUAGGUGGGGGUGGAGGGUUGUCUUACCACCUAUUCUCGCAAAGCCCUGCGAGGAAAUUGCUUUGCUGUGAGAUCGAUGCUCCAAAUGUGUUGCUUUCCCUUAGAAAGAAAUCUGUGCUACAACGCCAGACAUAUCCCUCUUUCAAACAAUAGCCCAUUCCGGCAGUAUCAGUUGCAAAACCUGGCCUAGGUUUAUAUUAUAUAAAAAAUAACAACAAAAGAGAGAACAUCACCUGUAAAUAUAUUUCCAUGAAGGACAAAGUGUUCGCAUUUAUGUCUGAAUACAGGUGAACCAAUCAUUUCUCUAUAGAGCUGUGCAAUGAAGAUCUCUUUCUAGUUCAGCAAAGUUCAGUGCACAUGACAAACUGUGACUCUCAAAUGCGUGCUUUGGGCCUGGACUUCUUUUCUAGCUCCUAACGGUGUUCCAGCUUUUCAGUUUUUUUACAAGGAGCAACGUCCAACAUGCACAAAUUCUAGUCAAUAUUUUUACAAUUUUAUUUAAGGUUUUUGCUGUUCAUUUAUUUAUUAUUCUGUUUCCAUGGUUGCAGACAACCUCCUGCAGUUCCUAAAUGUGAAGACUCAAUGCAGAGUUAAUUAAAAACAUUUUGAAAUAAUGUUUUUAUACGACUUGAUCUAGAGGGCAGGUAUUUUUGUUUCUCUGGGCAGCUCAUUUUGUAUUUUUAAGUCAAAUGUAGCAUUUAAACGUUUGCUCUAGGCAUACAGCUAAAAUGAACAUCUUGCAUUUUGUUGGAUUUCCGACUGAUUCCCUUUUAUAUAGGAUUUUGAUUUCAGAAUUUUCCUCAUAAGGCGUUUAAUGGUGUGAAUGAAAUUUACUCACUUUCCAGGGAUCUGUGUAUUAAAUAUGACAUAGGUGCAUAGCAAUCAAAGCAAAGUAAUGUUCUUUUAUGGCCCUCAGUGUCAGACACUCAAAGGAGGAGUGUUACAUUGGGAUGUGAUUAGCUAAAAUGAGGAAGUUACUGAUUAUAAACUGUCAUGUAAAAGUCAGAGAUUAUAUGAGCAUGUCCUCUAAAAUACUGUUACCUGGCCAAAUCUAUUUCGGGUGUAACUCCACUGAAAUCACUUGACGAAAUUCAGAUGCUCACAUUAAAUAGUAUCUUACCCUGCAUCAGUGGUGCUAAUUAUGGAAUAGGUGAAUGGAAUUCACUGUGCAAUUCCUUGAGAAUAAGGGUAUCAGGAUCUGGCCCAAUGAAACUACACCUGAGGAAAAUUUGGACCCAGGUCUUUUGGAUAAACAUUUUAAUCUAGUUCUUUCCUUGUGGUUGUCUCAGAGAAGCAACAAGAGAUGUUCAAAAAGGGCUAAGUAUGUUUCAUGAAGACUUUCUAAAACUCUUCAUUUGAAAAUUCACCGAAAAAUUCAAG